AUGGAGACAAUUGUUAUUCUCGUGUGCUACAAUGGAAAAUCGGUCACCUCGAAGAAGAUGUGCAAAUACGAAGGGGGUGACUCAAAAGGCUUAAUAGUUCCACGGACCAUCAAAUUUGCUGAACUGUUGGACCGUGUGCAUCAGAUUGGUAAUACAAACAGCAGGGAAGACAAGGUUUGCUUAAAAUUCUCAGUUUUCGUGGCCUCGAAUGAGUGGAAGCACAUAAAGAUUGAGGACGAUGAUGACGUCAAUUUUUUUAUGAAGUACAAUUAUGAGGCAACACCUUCAAAACUAGCUCCCUUACUCAUGAAUAUAGAAGAUAAAGGACUGACAAAUGAUGUAGUUGAUAGUAUGCAUAUCACGACAAAUAGUAGUCGGAUGGGUCGUUCUUCAGUUACCAUUGUUGAAAACAAUGAAGUAACUUGGAAUAAUACAAAUGGCACUGCUGUGGGAGGUGAAGUAGGGACAUAUUUUAUGGAUAUGAUUGAUUUUAGCAAGGUGGAGGAAAUGCGUGGUGGUGAUAAUGGUACUGAAAGAAAUGAAGUGUCGGUGUACUCUACCCUUCCUAUUUUGGGCUGCUUGAACACAUCUGCCCAACUGCCAAUAAUGCGUUUAGGAGGAGAAUCUGAACCCAUUCGUGAACAUUAUUGGAGUCAAAUAGGUGAACAGAACCGGUACAAUGAAGCCGGUGUAAAUGAUGGAGAAGCAUAUUUGGACAGCGGGUUUUCGCGAAGUGAUUGGAAUCCGAAAAUUACAGUUGGGCAAAUUUUCUCUAGUAAGAAAGCAUUGUUGAUGGAGUUACGGUUGACGGCAUUAAGAGGCCACUUUGAAUUGAAGGUGCAAUUCUCUUGCACUAAGAGGUUGCUUGUGGUUUGUUGUCAACGUCCAUGCACAUGGCGGGUCCGAGUAUCGAGAUUUGGAGAAUACAACUUCAUGAUUGUGAGGUGUACAACUGUCCAUGAAUGUGAUUUGAGGUUCUUUAAGGAUUCUCAGACAAUAUACACACCAAGUGACAUUAUGAGAUAUGUGAAACACAACUUUGGUUUCGCCAUCCAUUAUUCGAAAGCUUGGAAAGCAAGGGAGUUAGCUCUAUUGUCCAUUAGAGGAUCAGCGGAGGAGGCAUAUUAUAUCCUUCCAGCUUAUUGCUAUGAAUUGGAGCAUAUGAAUCUCGGCACAAAAACACACAUCCAAAUUGAUGAGAACAAUCACUUUGUGUAUUUAUUUAUAAAGGUUGGCGCAUGUAUUAGAGGGUUUCGUUCUUCCAUGCGCCUAGUGAUAGCCGUGGAUGCCACUCAUUUAAAAUCCAAGUACAAGGGUGUUAUGUUUGUAGCAAAUGCAUUCGAUGGUAAUCGAAAUAUAUAUCCUCUUGCUUUUGGGAUUGGGGAUUUGGAGACGAAUGCAUCAUGGCAUUGGUUUUUCACUAAACUUCAUGAAGCCAUUGGUGAGUGUCCCAAUCUUGGGAACAUGAAACGCACUUGCACGUUGAAAAAGCGUGAUCAAAUACUUAUGCACUUUGAGCAGGCUGUGAAAUCUUAUUCCAUUCCUGAAUUUGAUUGUCAUUUUCGCAAGAUCAAGUGA